AUGUUGCGCUUGUCGCCCCUUCGACUGGCGAGCAAAGUUACCGCAGGGAAUGCAAAAAACCAGGCAGGGCAUCCCCGCCGCAAGGCCAAACUGUUUCAUGUUAUACCCGGCACCCCGGUAACACCCAUGGAGAAGUUGAAGGAACAACGACGUCGCUACGGCCAAGAUCGUCACUCAAGAUUACCGGAGUAUCGUCCAGGGCAAAACGUCCGUAUGGAUCCAAAUACCUUCACUUUGUAUGCCACGACCAAGGGAGUUAUGACAAUAAGGGCGAGCAGGAUUCAUCCUGGGUACAAGUGGCUGGACGUGGAGCCCGACAUCCAGAAGGUGUACCGAAGCUUACAAAUGCGAAAGGCACUGAGCGUACGAGGCAUGGCAUCACAGAUGGUAGCAAAAAAUGCGCACUACAAGUCCGAGAUGGAUUUGCUCCUUGAGCCCCACUGGCGUGACCGCGUGAGUCGUGUACCUAAAGCAACGGAACGCUUUAAGGACCCAAAUUUGUUUGCUCGGGGUGUCAUUACGGAGCUUAACCCCAUGGAUAGGUAUUGCUACGAGUGA